AUGUUUCGACAAUUAGCGUUGUUUGCCUGGGCGCUGUGUGCGCGCAUCGUCGUCAGUCUGAACUGCGAAGAACUAGCCGCCCAGUGCCAAGAGUACGAAAGGCAGGAGCAUCUCACCGUGGAGCGCUUGAUGAGCUUGAGUAUCCCGUGGCCGUUGACCGCGGAGAUCCUGCUCGAAUACCAGCCGGUGGACGAAGCGUAUUGCCGAUACUCCAACAACACCGGACACUGCGUCCGCGACCUGCUGACCCGCUGCCCGGAAUUCCUCGAAGAUGAUUCCAGCGGAUGGUACGGCUCCGAGUUGAAAAUCGCCUUGGCCCGUCUCUGCGCGACCAGCAUUGCACCCGUCAAUUACUUUCGCGCGGUUAGUCACUGCCGCCAACACGACCCCAAGUUGCAGCAGUUCCUCCGCCGGGCCGAGGAAGCGACUGCUAGGGAUGAGGUGGAGGAAGUCCCUGUCAACAGCCAUCCGGUGUGCGGCCGCGUGGAAUACUGCCAGGAAGGUGGCGUCGGCCGACCAUAUAUGAACGUUAACGUGGCGAGAAUCGAGAAGUUCAUUGGUCCAGCCAGCGCGCAAAAAGCGGCGUACUGUGGCGCGGAGGCCGUGCAGACCAUCCGGGAAUCGGCGGUGCAGAUUUAUGCCGCUCACUGCCUGAACGAUAGCGAACUCGAUAGCGAUAACGUCAGAGUGUCAUACGUUUAGUCCAGCGACAACGGCAGACUUUUACUUAGAGGCAGUUUAUCGGACCUGACUACUUGCUACUUGCUACCAUUUUCGCAGGCGUGGUCUCCCGUAGCCGUUUUGGUAGCAAGUAGUUCCACAAAAUGAGUUUAUGCUGGCUGACUACUGCUACGUAGCUGGCUAUGU